AUACAUCCUUCUCUUUAUCUAAACGCCAACUCUUUUUACUUUCCAGUCCAGUUACCUCGCCAGAUCCAAACAACAGUCUUGGAGGACCAAAGGCAGUCUCAAUGACUAUUUCAUGAUUCCAUAUCAGUUCCCUUUCUACACGGCAUUUGUUGAGGGUUGGGGCCUUUACUCGGAGUUCCUUGGAGAAGAGAUGGGGAUUUACAAAACAGAUUAUGACCGGAUCGGUCGUUAUGCGUUUGAGCUUUUGCGAGCUUAUCGUCUGGUCAUUGAUACAGGAAUCCAUGCAAAACAAAUGACUCGACAGCAUGGAAUCGAUCUCCUGACCAACUUCACAGGCCUCAGUGAGAAGCAAGCAUCAAUUGAGAUUGACCGCUACAUUACCAUCCCGGGUCAGGCCUGUGCUUAUAAAUUCGGAGAAUUGAAGAUUCGAGAACUGCGAAGUAAAGCUGAGAAAGCCUUAGGUGAUAAAUUUGACUUGAAGGACUUCCACGCCGCUGUCCUGGAGAACGGACGUGUCCCUCUGGAUAUUCUGGAGCAAAUAGUGGAUAACAUGAUAGAAAGUAAAAAGGCACAGAAGAACCAUGCCAGCACACUUAGUCAGAUUCCGUCCUUGUUGUUUUUAGUCAGUUCACGUCUAUUAUACAGUUAUUGUUAUUGAUGUUCUUAGUUGUUUAUUUGUCUAUGAAAUAAUAAAAAAAAAAUUCUCUUUAAACUGAG